GGAAAUCGCCGUAGCUGACAUCGUGGCUAACUCGACGCUAGCCUUCAGGCUCGAGCUAACGGUAAACGAGUGAGCAGCUGGAGUCAUUGUAACCCGUUCAGCAGCAGACCGUCGGAACAUUUCGACCCGCUUCGAGACUCUUUUCAGACGUUCAACCCGCUCACGUAGCCGACUCCGUGAGCUUGCACGGGGGCACAGAAGCGUGCCGGCGCGGGCGGGUAGCUGCUGGUAGUUAGCUCGCUGGCUAGCCGCGGAGCUAGCGGAAUGGACCUGUUCGACGACCUGCCAGAACCCACACAGACCGGCGGUGAGCGGAGACCCAGUGACGGUUUUAUUUUCCUGACAGUGUCGGUUAAUGCUUCGGAACCGACUUCCAACAGCUCUGUAAAUUUCUGCUCUCACGUCGGGGGAAGCCGAAGAGCAGGUCCAGUUUCAGCAGCGCCGGUCACAGCUCCACAGAAGGCCACCAAAGAAGAAGAGGAGGAGGAGGAGAAGAGUGUGAAACGAAAACGAGAAGAUGCAGAGUCUCACACUGAUAAAAAAGAGGAGAAAGAGGAGGAGGAGCGAGGGGAGAUCAAGAAAGUUUGUAAAGAAGGCCUCCCUGUAUUGAAAGGCUAUGUGGCGGCCAGGCGCGGUGAGCGGGAGGAGAUGCAGGACGCUCACGUUCUCCAGCCGGACAUGAGCAGCUUGCUGUCGGCUCUGCCAGGACAAGUGUCUCGUGUCUCGUACUUUGCGGUGUUCGAUGGUCACGGUGGAGCUCGAGCCUCGCGCUUCUGUGCGGAGCAUCUCCAUCACAAUCUGGCCAAGAAGUUCCCAAGCGGAGACACUGAGAAUGUGGACAAACUGAUUAAGAAAUGUCUCCUGGACACUUUCAGACAGACAGACGAAGACUUCCUGAAGAAAGCUUCCAGCCAGAAACCAGCGUGGAAGGACGGCUCCACAGCCACGUGUGUGCUGGUGGUGGACGACACGGUAUACGUGGCCAAUCUGGGAGACAGCAGGGCGGUGUUGUGUCGGAUGGAAGCAGCUGCAGCAGCAGAUGGGCAGAGGAGAUCAGUGACUCUGGCUCUCAGUAAAGAACACAACCCGACCAUGUACGAGGAGAGGAUGAGGAUCCAGAGAGCAGGAGGCACCGUCAGGGACGGCAGGGUGCUGGGCGUCCUCGAGGUGUCUCGUUCUAUCGGAGACGGUCAGUACAAACGCUGUGGCGUCAUUUCAUCCCCGGACCUGAGGAGGUGUCAGCUCACGGCCAACGACAGGUUCAUCAUUCUGGCCUGCGACGGUUUGUUCAAAGUGUUUUCUGCUGAUGAGGCUGUUAAAUUCGUUCUCAACAUCCUGCAGGAGGGGAUCGUAGAGCAGAGGCCGGGGCUGACGGAGGACGAGGUGCGGUUUGAAGCCGCCUGCCAACAGCUGGCCAGUGAGGCGGUGAGACGAGGCUGCGCCGACAACGUCACCGUGAUCCUGGUUUUUAUUGGCUUCUGAACGCACACGCCACCGUGGUCGUCACAACACACACACACGCUCACGCAGGAAAAGUUUGACCCCCUAAAUGCCGCCGAUCUGACUGUCUCCCCGUUGUUUUGUCCGUUUUCCAAUA